UUUUUAGAGCAGCGGGGUCUGCUUCAUGGAGACAGCAGUGCUCCUCCUGCCGUGUGGACGGAGAGUUGUUUCACUUUCUUCAGCCUGCUGCUAAACUUUUACCGGCGCUAACAGUAUGGACCCGCUAUGGACGGGCACCGGCGCUUCGGUACGGCAUGCAAAUACGUACUCUGACGUCGGCGAUCAUGUGGCUUUUGGCGUAGAUCCUCCUUGUGAUCGCCAAUUUUUUCUUUCCUGUCGCCUGUUGUCUGCUCGGUUAUUGGGCCGCCGCGAGAGUGCUUGAAACCGAUUCAGCGUGUUUGUCGGUUCAUCAGCGGCUUUGGGAUUGUACCGCACUACCUGAGCGUCGCGCCAAAACGUGGGCAGGUAGCAUCCUGUCAUGCAGUUCAAGGAAGUCAGCCAGCACUGGAGCUGACACUGUCAGUGAGCCCGGCCAACAUAACACUACAGGAGUCCCAUCUCUGCCAGACCUUUACCGCCUACUGUCCUCUUCUUCCUCCAGACACUAAUCUUACUCCGGGGGGAGACUAUUGUUUAGACUCCUUGGCUGCUAAUCCCAGUCUUACAAGCUGUCCAGUGCUUGCUACCUCGGGGCCUGUUUCUGUGUUCUUCUACUAGCAGUCCUCCUGACUGCACUUCAGCACCUUAGGUCGUCUUUUCAUAGAAGGCUUGCAUCCUGGAACUUAAGCCAUCGCCUCCUUUACAGCAUCGCUGGCCAAGCACAAGCACCAAGUAAGGGGAGGUGGCCACCAGGACAAACCCAGCAUUCACCACCGCCAUCAUGUCCAGUCGACGUAAGGCCUCCACUCCCUGUAUGAUCCGACCAGAGCAGACCAUGGUGGAGCUGGAUGAUGAAGCAGAAGACACUCAAAAUAUGGAGACAACAUCAGAGAAGCAUACCCAAGGGGGACCUACGGAUACCGAUUCAGCGCAAGCCGAGCAACCCAUGGACCUGGAUGUAAUGGAAAAGGCUUCUGACCCUCCCUUGGCUCCUGACAAACCUGCAGCUGAGCCACCAGACCUUUCUAAGCCUCAGCGCAGACAGCAAGGGGGGUAUGAGUGCAAAUACUGCCCCUUCUCCACCCAGAACCUGAACACUUUCAAAGAACACGUAGAUGCUAACCACCCAAAUGUCAUCCUCAACCCCCUCUACCUGUGCGCCGUCUGUAACUUCAACACAAAAAAGUUCGACACCCUGACGGAACACAACGAGAGGUGUCACCCAGGAGAGAGCAACUUCAAAUUUAAACGCAUCAAAAUGAACAAUCAGACAAUCUUAGAACAGACAAUAGAGGGGUGCAGUAACAACGCUGUCAUUUACAACACUUCUGGUGCCAUUUGUGGCAAAGGGGACGAACUCGGCACUCUGCCACUGAGCAAACCCACCACAGUCAAGGUCGGUAAACCAAAAAUAAUGACAUCAGAUAUCAAACGGACAGACUCCCAGUUGGGUAAAGUAAUCACUGAUCUCACCAAGAAACCAAUCACAGCUGUCAACGUGAAUGGGACAGUCAUCAUCCCAGAGUCGACUCUCCUUAAAGCAGACAGCCUUUCUCACAUCAUGCCUUCCCUGCAGCGGCCUCUAAACUAUACCCAGGUGCCGAAGAUCGCAGUGCCCCUCAACACAACCAAAUACAAUCCCACGCUGGACGACAACCUGACGCUGAUCUCGUCCUUUAACAAGUUCCCCUACCCAACACAGGCUGAGCUCUCAUGGCUCACGGCAGCAUCAAAACAUCCAGAGGAGCAAAUCAAAGUGUGGUUCACCACACAGAGGCUCAAACAGGGUAUCAGCUGGUCACCUGAGGAGGUGGAAGAAGCCAGGAAAAAAAUGUUCAACGGUACAAUAUCCUCCGUUCCUCAGACUUUCACCGUGGUUGCUCCUCAGCUCAACUCCCAAUCAUCCACCAACCAGUCCACCUCCAGCACAUCCUCCAAAGCCAUGCAGCCAGCAGCCUCUGUCCUGCAGUCCCUGCCCUGCCAGCUCCUGGGACAGACCAGCCUUGUGCUGACUCCUGUAGCCAAUGGCUCUACUGUCACGUGUGCACCACUGGCACUCACAGUGGCUAACCAGGUGGCGCAGUCGCUCAAACGACCCUUAGCCUCUCCUGCGAUUGCUACAGAGAGUAAGCGACCCUCCAUCAUUCAGACCAUCUCUGCCCCCAUGGCCACAUCCAAGCUGGUAUCACCUAAAGUGCUGAGUUUCACAGUUGACCCCAAUAAAACAGCAGAGCAGUUGUCAGUGCUGAGGUCCAGCUACACACAGUGCCCUUUCCCUGAGGAAGAUGAGAUCUACAGGCUGAUUGAGACCACUGGGCUAUCCAGAGGAGAGAUAAAGAAGUGGUUCAGUGAGCAAAGACUCCUCAAUCUCAAAGGUGUUCCUCCCCCACCUGUGCUGGUCAAAGCAGAGGUAACACCACUUCUUAAAGAUGGCCCUGUAAAGAAGGCGGUCCCCAGCCAGUUUCCACUGCUGGAGAGGGUGAAGGGGAAGUCAUCGGAGCAGCUGAAGGCGUUGGAGGAGAGUUUCCAGAGAAGCAGCUCUCCAACACAGGCAGAGCUAGGCCAGCUGGCCCAGGAGACCAGACUGUCCAAGACAGAGGUGGACUGCUGGUUUUCAGAGCGCAGGGCACUGAGGGACAACAUGGAGAAAGCUUUACUCACCAUGACUUCGAAGAACACGGAGGACAGAAUAGAGCGGCGGGGUGCGCUGCUUAAUGGGGCUUCUCAUCGAGAGCAGGAUGGGAAACCCCUCCGCUCUUCUCCUCACCCACCUGUCCUCUCCUCCUCCUCCUCGUCCUCCCCUCCUGUGCUUGCAGCUUCCUCCCCGCGGCCUCCAACCCAUUCCUCUUCGGCAUCUCCUCCCAUCCUCACAUCAUCCUGCUCCUCUUCUCCCCAUCCUCCCAUUCUGUCAGCCUCCACAAGUCCAGCUCCCAUCAGCAGCCGCUCGCUCACACUGCUCAGGGAGAUGUUUUGCCGGACCCAGUGGCCAUCUCCGGAGGAGUACAGUCAGCUGGAGACCCAAACAAGUCUUGGACGCACUGACAUUGUCCGGUGGUUCAAGGACCACCGCUCUUCACUGAAAAACGGUGAAACCCUCGACUGGAUGGAAGGUUUCCAAAGCCUUGCAGAGAAGCAGAAAGCAGGCCAGGAACAGAACAGUCAGAGUUCUGAGAAAAACGAGUGUGUUUCCUUGGAAGUCAAGGCUGUGAAAGUGGACGAGGAUGUUGAGAAAGUAGUGGCUACAGAGCACUCCAAACUGUCAGACCAAGACAAAGACCAGCGGCUGACAGACAGACUAGCUGAUGGUGUGACGGAUGUGAGUCGAACCAAGCAGGACCAGAACAGCUCAAAUGCCACUGAAAAAGGAAGGUGGGUAAAGGUGACUGGGGCUGUGGGGGAGGACGGUGAAGGAGAGGAAAGACAAAGGCUGGCAACAGACGUGGACAUUCUGACCUUGGAGCAACCGGGGAGGGUUACUGGUUGAUGUAAAUCACUGACUGCUGAGUCACCGGCCACCAUGAGUCGACUCACGAUGACCAAACAUGGAACCAGUGAUGUCAUCGUCUGCCUGUGAUGUCAUAACAACACACUGGGGACUGUGGAGUUGCACCAUUAAAGCGCUUGAUGGAAGCGUAGACCCUGACAUUUAGAGGAGUGCCAAAGCUGGACUCGAUGCAUUGCUCUUACUACUAAAAUUCUCUUUUUUUUUUUUUUUUUUUUUAAAAGGAAACAGCCCUGUAAAUAUUUUCUGUAUUACUAGAGUUUGUACAGUUUUCCUGAGAACGGGCGAGUUUUGUUACAUUUUUUUAAGAAAAAGGCUGACUGUCGCCCCCCCCAAAAAAACCUGGAAUGUUCAGUUUUGUUUUGUUGGUCUUUAAAAUCACACUGUAUUAUAGUUAUUUGCUGAAAAUCAGUCUUUUUUUUUUUUUUUUUUUGAAAAUUACUACUCAUUAUGAGUAGACUUUGAUGGCACUUGCAUAUAUCCAUGUGGUAGUGAUAGAUAUUGUCAUGGCCGCCUCAUUGGAAACUGUUAACUUUUGCUUGUCUCCUGCACCUUAACUUGCCCUCUGUAGGAUUACAGCAGAGAUGGAAAACGCUUAGACGUACGAGAGAGAAAGUAGACGGAGUGAUGGUGUUUUUGGGCGAACUGAACACAGCCACAGCGUCACUGCUGAGAGACCAGAGAAUGAGCACAAACAGCCAGACCAAGACUAACAGCGUUAGGGUGGAUGCAUGAACACAUUGUACAUCCUAAACUCUGUUAUCUUUUCUCGCUCCUGCAUCAGAACCUGAGGCAUGUUCAGGACUCUGAAACAGUACAGAAUGUUCACUUUUCCCGAUUAACUCCACCGAGCGGAGAGCGGAGUGUCUGUUCGAUCGCACCGUGCUGCCUUUUCAGCUCUCUUAUCAGACCUUUCCCGUCGGCCUCAGAAGUGGGCUGAGCACAGCCUGGCUGAGGAUUUCAGCUUACAAAGUCCACUGUUCUGAAAACUUGAAAUAUUCUUGACUGAAAAAUGUCAAAAGCAUAUUUUUUUUGAAAACGUUUCACGCAUGACACGAAAUAAUCAAAGCUCGUUUUAUUUGAGCCGUUUCGGAAAUCCACUCUGCGCAGCUGUGAUCUGUGAGAGCACCGCGCUCUGAAGGCCUUUUGCGGCUUGACGUAGGUUCUUCUGAUCAAAGCGGGAUCAGGUCCAGCUGAUUUCUGUACAGACAUUUGGAAUGUCACAGCAGCCAAAGCUGUCAUCAAAUACUUGCAUGUACUUCAGUGGUUUUCUUUUUACAUUUUUUUUUUAACUCAUUUUCAAGAAUGAUUUAAAGGGAUAAAUAUUUAAUAAUAAAUAUUAAAUAUUUGUGCAGUCAAAGUUAAGUUGAGCUGUCAUUUUAACCCUCAGUUUAACAGCAGGUGUAUGGCUGUGUGCUGGCUGAAUGUUGCUGCUGCUACUGCUGCUUUAGUUUCACCUUCAGACAUGUAUCUGGGAUACUGUAAUCUUUAAACAAUUUUUUUUUUUUUUUUUUUGCUAGUA